AUGGCCGAGCUUCACAAGGUGGGUCGCUGGUUUUCUCUGGAUGGACAGCGAGCCUUCACGUGGAUCAUCAUCAUCAUCAUCAUCAUCAUCAUCCAGGCUGACCGCCACCCCAUCAGCUGUGGAGAGAGACCGCUGAUCGACGUGCCCGGCGGCUCUCGGAUAGUUGGUGGCACGAAUGCGCCCCCUGGCGCCUGGCCGUGGCAAGUCAGCCUCCAGUUCUACCGCUAUCGCUCCAAACAGCACAGCCACGUCUGUGGGGGCUCGAUCAUAAACAGCAGCUGGGUGGCCACGGCAGCUCACUGCUUCCCAAGUUCACUACAGAAUGCCGAUUACUGGAGGGUAGUGGCCGGGCUCCGUAAGCUAUCCGCCCCUGAUCAGAACGUUCAAAUCCGCCAGGUGAGCCAGAUCUUCAUACACGCCCGCUACAGCGAGAGCACCAACGAUAACGACCUGGCGCUGAUGAAACUGAAAAGCCCUUUUGUCUACAGCGACUACGUGCAGCCUGUCUGCUGGCCGACCCCGGCAGUAGAGAAGCUGCAGCUCUCCCUGUGUUUCAUCAGCGGGUGGGGGCACACGUCCUUCAAAGGGACGGGGUCAGACACGCUGCAGCAGGCUCAGGUGGGCUCUAUCCCCCUCUCCACCUGUAACCAGAAAGGCUGGUACGGAGGCUUCCUGACUGACAACAUGAAGUGCGCUGGCUUCGAAGAAGGAGGGGUUGACACCUGCCAGGGGGACAGCGGGGGUCCCCUCCAGUGCUUUAAUGAGGAAGACGAUCGCUUCUACUUAUCGGGCAUCACGAGUUUCGGAUCCGGCUGCGCUAGAGCAAAGCUCCCCGGAGUGUACGUGCGCACGGCUCGCUACGUGGGCUGGCUGCGCAGUUUUGUGAGUAUUCAGAGUGGCAGCUCUCUCGGCUCUGUGCGCUGGACACCGCUGGAUUUGCUGCUGCUGAUCCUGGUCGGAGCGUUCUUCAUUAACCGACUCGUCUAAGGAAAUACAAAGCUGUUGAUGUUCCUCCUGUAACUGUGCCUUCUUCAAUA